AUGGGUACAAUGUUUGGCGGUCACAAAUGUGCUCUGGUGAUUUAUGUCAAGAGCUUCGCUCAUGCAACAGCUGUCGGCAUGUUCGGGGAGAGGGACAGUAGCCCAUUGAAAUCGGCCGCCAUAGCCUCUCACUUCCAAAAGUCCGCGGCUUCCUCAAACUCGACAGGCAAUGCCGCACGCUCUCGUGCAAGCACCGGCUCUGGGAGCCCGAGUAAUAGCAGCGGAUUCGGUUACGAUCAAUAUUUCGUUCCACCCGACUGUUUGGAAAUUUUCCGAGAUCCUGCUGGCAGUGUGACCUCGGGGCGCGACAUGGAUGGCGGUUCGCCCCUGGUCUGCCAGGGGUCACUGGAGGAUCAUGAGAAGCGAGAAUGUGUUAACGUCGGCAUGCGCAUUCUCGACCGGUCUCGAACUCAGGCUGUAUCACAUGCAUCGACUUACAGCACGCGGCUUUUGGACUAUUUGGAAUACGACUUUCCGACACUCUCCACUACUCACGCUACUGGGAAGGACUAUGAUCACACUGAGAGGCUUAGCUGGGGGAGUGAUAUCCGCAGCUACGUCCUGGCCAAAGCGGCCUAUAUCGCUGUCUUUGAAAGACUAUAUGGGCAGAAUCAGCGAAUGGUCGAGUACCAGAAAGCAGUUACUCGACAACCUCGGUGGAAGCCAGGGUUGGCUCAGCUUGAGAAUGGUAUUCUGAAAGCUCAGAGAAACAAGGAUCCGAAAGAUCUCGCUGCGGCUGAAGCUAAACACAAGGAGCACCGGAAGAAUUACCGAAGGAUGAGCGAACUGACCAAAAAUUACAAGCUACGCUACAAGGGCUCGCUUUCUCAUCUAGGUUCAACUCUUGUACAUGAACGGUUUCAUGUCCUGACUGGGCUAUGGAUUGGCACGAAAAAGCUUGGAACACCCCUAAGAUUAGGCGGCGGAUUCGCGAACGAUUAUGCACAGGGCGAGGCUGGCGAUUGGUGCGAGUAUCAAGGCGGCUCCACGGGUCCAAUGGAUCGAUCGACUUGGGUUGGGUGA